AUGUCUUCGAUGCCUCCGUUCGUGAAACAAAAUUCAACCUCAAGCGUUUCAUCAUCUUCAGCUCCUAAAGCCUCAAAGCCAUCAUUUAGGGAAAGAUAUCAAUUGGAUUCACCUUCUUCAUCCCCUAGGACACCAACAACAAUUGGAGAAGAUGGAUUUAAUUCUACUGUUUCUGUUGAAGAAACAAGAUCGCCUUCCAACAUUGUUUCGGCGGUAACAUCAUCAAAGGCAAGAAUUAUGGCUUUGCAAGAGGUUUUGCUCUCAAGAAAAGAAAAGGAUAGAAGUGAAUCACCAGCUGGUGAACAAAGAAAAACUCCAUUUUCUAUGGAUUUUGAGAAUAGAUCGUCACCAAGAGUCUCUCCAAGAAAUGUCUUUGACAACACUAAGGAGACAACUCCUACUAUUGCCGUAACUUCAUCAUCGAAUGUAUUUACAGUACAAGGAGGUGAAGAGGGGAAUAAGGUGGAAGUAAGUCAAGAUCCAGUGCAAGCACAUUUGGACAGAAUUAUGAAUAGAAGAAAGGAAAGAGUUGUGACACAACCUGAACCAACGCAACCAGUAAUGGAUACCCCAAAGAGAGAACAAGAAACAAAUGACAAGUUACAAGCAAUUUUCGAAAGAAGAAAGAAUAGAGAAGAUAAAUUGGAACAAAUAUUAAUUGGAGAAGAUUCUAACUCAUCAGAAGAUGCUUCAUCUGCAUCAGGAGACAUUAUGAAUGAAUUCUUGAAACGAAGUGUUGAGAAUAGCAGAGAAUCAUCACCAGUUCCAACCUCAACUUCUGAUCCAUCAAAGAUAUCAGAUCCAAAAAUUCCAAUGUCUGAAGCUACUUACAAUCAACCAGAACCUAGAGAAAAUAUUCAACCAAAAAUUGUUGAACCACCAGCAAGAGCAGUGGAAGAUAGAAGAGAUCUCACACCAACAUUGCAUCUGGAUCAUUUGAAAUCAUCUCCAAUGCGUGGAUCCCCUAAGAUGCUUAGAUUCAAGGAAGAAGAUGAAAUUUCCAGGCCAAUUGAAGCACUUCCACAUAAUGUAUCAUUGUGGAGAAUAACUGGAGAAAGAUGGAAACUCUACAAUGUUUCUUCGUUCCUUUCCAAAGAGUCGAUGGCAAUAUUGUCGAAUAGAACAACAGAACAACCAAAUAAUUUCGAUGCCUUCUUUAAUGAGACAGACACUGACCAAGGUGAAAGCUAUCCUCACUACCAAAAAGCUCUUCAAAAUCCAUAUCCUUCUUAUCCAUACGAUCCUAAACCUGUCAGCAAUCCAUUUUCUUCUGAAUUGAAUUCCCCACAACCAAGAAUGUUCAAAUUCAGAAAUCUUGAUGAUUUAUUCCAAGCAUCUUUUGAAGUUCCAACAGAAAAUGGCAUUGGAAAGAGACAGGCAUUUAGAGCUGAUUUGAAUGGUAACUUUUUGAGAUGUCUCAAAACUAAUCAAGUUUUCAAUCAAUUUUUAUCUAUCGAAGAAGAAAUUCUGAAUAGAUUGAUAACAGGAAAGGAAGUUCUUAAAAACACUCCAAAAGGAAAGGUACACAAGAGAUACCUUUUUAUUGAUCCAAAGAAUAAGGAAUUGGUAUGGAGCGAAAAUGAAAAGAAAAAGACUGGACUUGCUCGUGCUUCAAGAAGAAUCAAAUUGGCCGAUAUCACCCAAUUGAAAGCAUUGGAAAUGACAAUGGAUCAAGCAAGAGUUAUGAAGAUUGCAGUUCCAUACGAUAAGAAGCCAUUUGGUUUGGUUAUUGUAUCACGAACAAGAACUGCUGAAUUUAUUGCAACAGAGAAACCAUCCGAAUUCCUUGCUAUAGUAGUUGCCAUUGCUUUAGCAGCUCACAAAUAUGGAACAACAAUUUAA